AAGUAGGUUUGAGAAUUGAAAAUGAAAUAAGUCACGUGUUUGUUUAGAAUUAUUAGUAGAAAUCAAAGUUGAAAUGAGAUAGUUUGUUGUUGCUGAAAGUGAUUUUUUUUUAUCCGUAUUUCAUAAUUUAGAGUUACUAAAUCAAAAUUAGCCGAUGGCAUUAUAAGUAAAAAUGUAAUAAUUCUGGACCUUAUUUUCCCAUGUGACGAAAUGGGGCAACAUUUUUUGAAACUGGUCCAGUGUUGAGCGAGUGUGCUGAUAUAAAGUGAGUCCACUAAAGGGUUUGUUUUGUUCUUAUCAGCAUUAUAGAAAGGAUCUCUGCCGAGAGAGACCUUCUUUUAAAGACUGAGAUCCUUUUUGUUUAACCAGGAGCAGUUGCUGUGUCGCUCUGUUCAACGCCACCAGACUCCAUUCAUAAAAGCAGCAAUUGUUUGAAAGAUACAAAAGUUCCACUUUAAAUCAGACUCAAAUUAAUGUAAUUGAUUAAUUGAUUUUCUAUCUCAGAAUUCGGGGUGAAAAUAAGACACGUGAUCGGGCUGGAAAGCUUCUUUUGACUCAAACACUGAGGACACAUGUCCCCCGCAGCGGAGGGGGGUUGACUCCCCAGGGGGUUCAUCCAUAGGGUUCACCUCGGACACGACGACGCUGCGUGCCCCACGUCGAUCACUCCCUCACGGCUCUCUCUGAUUGGCUGCGUCCAAGUGUUCACGUGAACCGUUUGUGGGCCUUUAAGGUCCACAGAGGCCACGCGCGGAUUAUGUGCAACAGUUUUCUGGGGGGAUGAGAGGAGAGGAGCGCGCGGCCACGGCUGUCAGAACAAAGCUUGGAUGCGUCACGGUGGAUCCGCCGCGAGCGUUGUAGAACCGCUGCGUCACGUCGAAGGUUGCUGCUCCAGGUGUCUCUGCGCCAGCGUCCUCUGCUGUUCCCUCCUGACUCACCAUGCCGAUCGACAUGGCGUUGCCUCUGUUCCUGUCCAAAGAGGAGUUUGUCUACAGGACGUCUCCCAAAGCACGCAAACCCGCUCUGAGCUCCUGCCUGAGGUUCCAGCACUCGCACCGCGUGGAUCAGACGGAGGCCGAGGACGCGAGGCCGUCCAUGAAGGACUCGGGAAAAGCCAAGAAGCAGGUGACGUUCGCCGACCACAGAGGCCUGUCCCUGACCAAGGUGAAGGUCUUCUCCGAGUUCAGCGACCCCAUCGACAUCCCCCUGAACAUCCAGGACAUGCUCAGCUCCGCGCUCUCUCUGAGGGCUGAGGAGGACAGUCUGGUGCUGGACUUCGCUCAGCCCUCCUCGGACUACCUGCGCUUUCGGCAGACCCUGGAGAGGAACUACGUCAGCCUGGAGCACUGCGUGCUGAAGGAGAAGGUCUUGGCGGGAACCGUCAAGGUCAAAAACGUGUCCUUCGAGAAGUCCGUGAAGGUGCGCGUCACCUUCGACAGCUGGCGGACCCACGGGGACGUGGACUGUGUGUACAUGAAGGACACGUAUCCCAGCUCCUACAGCGACACCUUCUCCUUCCAGGUGUCUCUGCCGGAGGAGCUGAGGCCUCACGAGCGCGUCGAGUUCGCCGUCUGUUACGAGGUGGAGGGACGCGAGUACUGGGACAGCAACCAGGGGGACAACUACGGCAUCGUCCGGUCCUCCAUGAAGAGGGACCGCCACCUGGACUCCUUUCACUCUGAGAUUCACUUUGAGCGUUACGGCAGCCCCACCUGUUCUCACGGGCUCUUCCCUGACUGGCCGAGUUACGCGGGAUACGAGAACCUCGGGCCGUACUACUGAACAGGAAGUCAGGAAGCAGGCGUGUUCUGGGGGGGGUCUUUUUUUUUUUUUUUUUUUUAAACCUUGAGCUUCUGAUUAAAAGUCGUGUUGCACGUCACAAACCUGCGGACAUGAACCACAGAUCUGACCUGACUGGUUUUUACUCCGGGUUCCUCACAGAAACCUCUCGGAUCAUCAAACAGUCGCAGAUGAAUUUUCUGCCGAUCGACUCGUGGACACGGGGUUUCAGCCGGGCGCCGCUCGGCCGAUGGUUUAAUAUUUCACAGGAGCUGUUGCUUCAGACGGUUUCUCAACGUGACACAGCUGAAGUUUAUCUACUUUCACAAUAAUGCAGAAACUACACACGGAGUUACACAACGUCACGUACGACAGAUUUUAACUUUGUGUCCGGUUGGAAUAAAAUGUCUAAUUCAUGUAACUUUAAUUAUCCUUUUAAAGAAGCGGACUGGUUUUACUGGUUGGCUGUGUUUGCACAGGAGAACACAGAACGUGCACGUGUUCGUGGUGUUCAGUGAAGCAGUUUGUCACUCAGAGCGUCUCUGUUUGCACGUGCUCAGUGUGUGAGUGGGUAGUUGUGAAGUGAUCAUCAGUGUUAAGUUAAUUUAAGAAAUGCUGCUCAAUAAAGUCAAAUCUUUUAAGUUGUUCUGUCAUUAAAUGUUUAAUUGUGAUGUAAAACCGUCUGCUGUCUGACCAAUGGGUUAAAAAAUAUUAAAAGGACAAUAAAAUUAUAUAUUUUUUAUAACUCGA